AUGACAGAUUUUGUAGAAAGUAGAGAAUGGUACUUAGCUGCAUAUUGCCCUGAAGGUGUUCCAACCACAGAUCAUCUCAAACUCCGCACAGUGUCUCUUUCUCUUCACUCUGAUUCAAUCCCUGAUAAUCAUCUAGUAGUUGAAACUCUUCUUCUCUCCGUCGACCCUUAUCUUCGUGGAAGAAUCACUGGCUCCUUAGGAGGCCUUUUCAUUUCACAAUAUCAACUUAACCAGGCGAUUACAGUAUUUGCAGUUGUAAGGCUUGCUAAGAUUAGAGGAUGUAGGGUCAUUGGAAGCACUGGCUCUGAUGAUAAGGUAAAACUCAUCAAAGAAGAAUUUGGAUACGACGACGGAUUCAACUACAAUAUAGAGACAGAUUAUGAUGCCGCUUUAACAAGUAGAAAUUCGUAUAUUUAUCUCUUUCUAUAUUCCCUUCUUUUUAGAUAUUGUUAA